UACACUCUCGUUCACCGUCUUGUCAACUGCUCCGGCCGCUUAACUGCGAUCAAAAUGUACUCUGUUAGUAAACUCAACAAACAAAACGAACAGACAUGGAUCAACCUCCAAAAGCGUUUGAAUGAUGUCCAGUUCAAGUACGACAACCUUUUCCCAGAGGCGGUCUACCAAUUUAUCCAAAACAAGGCCACAUCAGUUGGAAGCUGUGACGGCUACUUCAUUCCUUCACUCUUAACUGCAAGUGCAUUCGUGAUGGCCAACAGAAAGGCAGUAGUUGAAACAGCAUCCCACAACCAGCCGCUCAACCUCUACACUAUCUUUCUUGGACACCCAGGAACAGGUAAAUCUUCCGCAAUACAGUAUGGAGCCCAAGAACCACUUGAAAACCUAAACUACACUUCAUCAAUUGUUAGCAAAUUCAGUUCACUACCGACUGCGGACCGCGGUUACACUUAGUUAUCAUGCUUAUUCAGUUCAAUACCGACUGCGGACCGCGGUUACACUUAGUUAUAUGCUUAUUCAGUUCACUACCGACUGCGGACCGCGGUUACACUUAGUUAUAUGCUUACUUAUUUCACUACCGACUGCGGACCGCGGUUACGCUAAGUUAUAUGCUUAUUCAGUUCACUACCGACUGCGGACCGCGGUUACA